CUGAGCAGUGGUGUCAUUGAAACAUGAGAGAAACAUUUAUAACCAGGUGACAUUAUCAGCGUGGCCAAUUUUUCAAAGAUGAUUGGCCGACGCUGCGCUCUCGUCGCUUUAGGCGGUCUUUUGAUUCUCGUCCUGACCGUCAAUAUAUAUUUCAUUCGACUGAUCGUGGAGAGCUCGUCGCAAAAGACUUCUUCCAAGGCAAUGCCUGUUUCGCAAUUAAAUCCCGAACAGGAACAGCUAAUUUCUCAAGUGGAACAGAAUUUGGAGAUUCCAGAAAAAUCGGCCGCGAAACACAUGGCAAAGAGGAUCAAGGAGGAAAUUCAAAUAUUGCCAUCGAAAUAUUUUAAGUACAACACUAGCUACGCGAUAGUUUUGGAACGAUUAUUAGCUGAAUUAAGAAUAACGCCUAAUGUUCGUGAAAAUAUAUGGAGCAUUCCUAAUAGUAAUUGGCCUGACGCGCAUCAGUUGAUCCCACCGGUCGCUCCGGAGUUGGGAACAAUACUGGAUACUCUGCGUAAAUCGAAAGUGAUCCGAGCGGACAACGCACCGCUUGGGACACAACUGAAACUGAUGUUGACCCUCGAACACGGCGUGAAGGCGAUGUUCAAGCCUCAAUGGUAUUCCAGGGACACGGUCCUCCGAGGGCCUGUUUACCACGGGAAGGACCGGCACAAUGCCGAGGUUGUAGCAUUCCAUUUGUCCUCCUUACUGGCCUUGAGACGAGUACCCAUUACUGUUAUAAGGAAACUUGACCUAAGAACCGAGGUGCGAUCACGCGCGACUCCUGAACUGUACGCGACCAUGUACCAAGACGGGAACGACACUUGCCUCUAUGGAAUUUGCCAUUACUGCUCCCCUGCCGAUCCAGUUUGCGGAACUGGCGAUAUUUUAGAGGGUGCUCUGAUCUCGUGGUUGCCUAGGUACUUGAGGCUCGUGAAGCACCGUCAUCCUUGGCAAAGGACAUAUAAAAAGAACAAAUUUGCCACAUGGGAAAUGGACGACAGUUACUGCGAGAAAGUGAAGGAGUCUAAAGCGUAUUCUCCACAAGCAUCGAGUAGACUUUUGGAUUUAGUAGACACCGCGAUCUUUGAUUUUUUAAUGGAUAACGGUGAUCGUCAUCAUUACGAGUUAGCGCAAAAUAAUUUCCAUAACCCGGCUGUUUUAUUGAUCGACAAUGGGAAGAGCCUUGGGAAUCCUGACGUCGAUCACUUUGAUAUUCUAGCGCCAUUGUAUCAGUGUUGCAUGAUUCACAAAACUACGUGGGAUCGUUUAAAAUUGUUCAGUGGCGGCUCGCUGAGCAUAUCCCUGAGGGAACUUGUCGCGCACGAGUCAAUGAUGGCCGAUGUUGAACACCUUGUUACAGAUGCCCAUUUAAGUGCCAUGGAUAGAAGAUUACUUACUGUAUACGCAGUUAUAGAGUAUUGUUUAAAAAGUAAAAAGUAUGCUUCUAACGUCAUAUUGGAUCAUCGGUAG